UCAGAGGCUCACUUCACUGAGUAGGAGAAGUACAGAGACAAGGGUGUGGCCUUUCAUUCGAAAAUAAAUUGAGUGCAUCGGGGGGAAGUGGAGAGCCACAUAUGCAGAUUGAGGAGUCAGUGCCAUUCGUUGUUUGAAUCUGGGGGAGAUUGUUCUCUGCAUUGUGAAUCUGGUGUUUGCACAAAGAAAUGUCUGUUCUUUCUGCUUUUUUGCAGGGCGGAAGAUCAACUAAAGCAUGUCCUAACACUCCAGCUUUAGCACAGGAACUCCACUGCAACGUAGCUUUCAGAGGAAGCAACCUGCACCCAACAACAUGCACUGAAGUAAAGGAAACAGAAGCAGCAGCAGUAGCUCGGUCAAAUCUCUGAAAUGUGCGCCACCUCUACACUGUAACUGUCACAUUAACCGAGUUGGCCAACACAUCCAGCAGCCACACAGAAAGUCAGUGUGACGGCCACAAACGGAGCACCUCAGGCCGGACUGAAUGUGAGGUGAAAACAGCAGACAGGAAGAGAUGCGAAGAGUUCGGAGAAGAGGAGGGAACAAAGAGAAGGUGUUUGGAUGUGAUCUGCUCGAGCACCUGACUGCCUCCUGUCAAGAGAUUCCUCAGGUCUUGCGAUGCUGCAGUGAAUUUGUAGAGAGUCAUGGAAUCGUGGAUGGAAUCUACAGGUUGUCUGGCGUGUCGUCCAACAUACAGAAACUGAGGAGUGAGUUUGAGAGCGACGGGAAUCCAGAUCUGAACAAGGAUGUGUAUCUGCAGGACAUCCACUGUGUCAGCUCUCUGUGUAAAGCUUAUUUCAGAGAGCUGCCAAACCCUCUGCUCACAUACCAGCUGUAUGACAAGUUUGCUGAGGCUGUGGCCAUCCAGUUGGAGGAGGAGAGGCUGGUAAAGAUCAGAGAUGUGCUGAAGGAACUACCAACACAACAUUACAGGACUCUGGAGUUCCUGAUGCGUCAUCUUGUCAGAAUGGCCUCAUAUUCCUCAGAGACCAACAUGCACGCCAGAAACCUGGCCAUCGUCUGGGCCCCCAAUCUGCUCAGGUCAAAGGACAUUGAAGCGACUGGUUUUAACGGUACGGCAGCCUUCAUGGAGGUCAGGGUUCAGUCCAUUGUAGUGGAGUUCAUCCUCACACAUGUCCCUCAGCUGUUUCCUGGACAAGGUGAAACAAGUGAGAGAAGGAAGUCCCUCCCCUCCCCAACAGCAGCGUGCAUACAGGAUGACACAUUGUUCAAGUCUGUUUCCACUCAGCCUAUCGCCAGCUUUGGCAACAUCAGUCCAGGAGACGGUCCUCUACCCAUAAGACCCUACCACGCUAUCAUUGAAGGCACAGACAAGAGGAAAGGAUCUCUUAAGGGCAGGAAGUGGAUGUCCAUAUUCAACAUCGGAGGACGAUUCCAAGACCAGAAGCGAAGGCACAAACCUAAAGAGAAAGACAGGACUGCUUUGAGACCAGCAAGAAGCAUGGACUCCCUCAGUGCCCCGACAUAUCCAAAUGAAGGUUCCAGGCGUUCUGCUCAGCGCCCUCCCUCCACCCACAUGUCUCCCCUUGUCACCCCCUCCCCCCAGUCAGGCUCAGAAGUCGCGGGAUCUUGUGGUGCACUAGGUGGCAGCGAAUAUGCUGUGACAUACCGCAGGGGAACAGGGUUAGUGAGCGGGGGUGCGGGGACCCAGGGCACCUAUACUGCUCUUGACCCUGAGGGCUUGGGAAUCGCAGGCAAUGAGACUCUACAGUCCAGAUCCCCGGGACUCUCCACUAAAGCAGGACGAAGAGCAGCCAUGCACAUUACAGGGCCCACCCUUGUUACUGUGCCACUUCAUAUUACGUCUAACCUGGCAUUAGGGGUGCUGCAAGGGGGAGGAAGCAACAGGGUCAUCCACUGUGGUAGGGAUAAGGAUGGAUGGGACAAGGUGGAAGGUAAGGAGGGAGCAGACAAGGUGGAGAGGAAGGAAAGCAGCGAGAUGGAAAUGAAGGUGGAGGAAGGCAGAAAGGUUGAGGAAGGGGAGAAAGACAGGGAAGGAGAUUUGGACAUGGAAGGGAAUACAGUGGUGGCAGGUGGUGUUGGCGAGGAAAGGGGUGAAGGAGCAAAAGAGGAGGAGAAGAAGGAAGAGGAGGUGACAGGAGGUGGAGUUGUGUCUAGAGAGCAACGAACCACAAGCCUCAACUCCAACGCAGACAAUGAAGAUACUGCAAUUGAUGACCAAUACACUGACGACAUCAGUGAAUACAUGGACAUGAAAGGGGUGGAACAACCUUAUCCUCAGCCGGUGGCGACUCAGCCAGGAGAUGUCUGUGCAUCUGAUGCUUCUGACAUUUUCAGCUCAUCUCAAGUGGAAGGAGACGACCAAGCAAUGUUUGGCUACGUUGAGGAUAACUUUGAAUUCCUGGACCAAAUGGACUGCAGUGUUCCAGACCAUAUGGACUGUAGCAGUUUCUAUCAGGUGAACGAGUUCUCUGUCGAACCUCCUGGUCACUCAGACGAUGAGUAUGAAGUCAUGAUACAACCUCACCAGCCUGCAGAGCAAGAGAUGCCCCUGCAAACAGACCCUGAAACAGAAACCCAGAGCCAGAACGAGUUAAAUCCACACAGGCCGCUCAGCCUCGACCUGCACAGCCGACACACUAAAUCCCUCAGCUUGCCUUAUAUGACCUCACCUGUCGAUGGACCGGAGGAGUCUUGCUCUGAAGAGGAGGAUGUGGGGGACAAUAGUGAUGAUAAUGAUUACAGUAGUGAGGAAGAUGAGAGCAUGUUUAUCAAAAGCCUUCCCCCUGAUUUCUUUUUAAACAGUAUGGCCAAUUUUGAACUAGAUGCUGAUAAACAAGACAGUUGCACCCUCGAUGGACUUCCUGUUGAUCAAUCAAAGAGCUCUGAGGAAAGAGAAUUUGAGACAUUGCACUCUAAAGAACCAACUACUGGAGAUCAGGAACAGGGGGAAGCGGUGCACGAUGAAGAUAAAGACGAACUGGUGGGAAAGCAGAUAAUGAAGACAGAAGAGGAAGAUAUAUUUGAUAAGCAAGGAGAACACAUGCAAAGCGUAACAGCAGAGGAAGAUCUCAGUACCUUGGAAAAUGUUCAGAGUGAUGAAGAAAAGCCUCCUGCUUCAGAAGUGUCACCACACUGCUGCGUGGAUUUUCCACUGCCAAGCAAUGACGACAUUGAUGAAUUAGGCGCUAUCAAGCACAAGGAGGAGAAGGAAGUGGUUGAUAGUCCUCCCAGUGAUUAUCCACCUUGUCAGACAGAUGCUUGUCCCACACAGGAGACUGAUGACGUUUCAUUAGAGGAGUCUAGAGAACAUCCCAGCACAUGUGUCAGAGAAGAAACAGAAGAGAGACACAGUGAUGAGGAAGAGGACCGGAGCUCAUACAACAAAGUGGAGGCAACGUUUCAAAAAAUAGUUCUGGAAAUAAAAGAAAGUGAUGAGAACAUGCUGGAUGAUCCCCCCGAAGACGGCGACAAAGGAAUAGCUGACAAAAACGAUGAAGAAAAGACACAGGAAGGUGGCAAAGAGCAGGACAGAAGAAUUCAUAGCAAUGAAAUUUGGGAGGAGGUUGAUGUUGUUGAAUGUGAAGUGACAGAGGAUGAGGAAAGUGAGCAGGCUGAGACGGAGGGUGUUGCUGAGCAGGGAGAUGUAGAAGAAGUUAGAGAGGAGAAAGAAGAGCAGAAAGCACAGGUGUCAGGAGAUAAAACAGUGGAAGUGGAGGAAGGAGGGACAAAUGGCACAGAGGUUAGAACAGAGGUAGAGGAGGAGUCAGAGGAGAGAACUGAAGAACAGCUCACUGACCUAGAGAUGCAGCAAGAGUUUGAGGAAAAAGGGACUUGCUUACCAGAAACAAGUGAACUGGAAAAAGCAGUUAUGGGGAAGCAUGCCACCAAUGAAGAAGCACAGCAUCAUGACAGAAAAGAAGUGGUUUCAAAAGAGCCAGAAAAGGAGAACAAUGACAAAGAGAGAGCUGAUGAGCAACUUAGAUCUCUGCCAAGUGUAGAUAAACAACUAAAAAAGGCCAGGCCUGAUAUGAAAAAAUUGAAAUGUGAAGAGAGUGAGAGUAUCCAAGGAGGAGUUGGUAGGAAACUGGUUGUCUCCAAACACCCGAAAGUUUACCAAGUGAAAGCGGUGCCGAUUGUGCCUCCGAAGCCUCAGCACUGCAAAAUCACCGCCCUGACCCUCCGACAGCAGCAGCAGCAAAGAGAGAGAAGAGAUGCAGACAGAGGCAGGGAAAACACGCUGAGAGUCCCGACUGAGCAGGACAAAGAACAGGGGAAGGAUGGAGGGGAGAGGGAGAGGAGAAGGGAUGGGGAUGAAGGUACCGCGAGGGACACAAGCAGGAACAGUCCCCACAGCAUGUGUUUCGACGAGGCCGUUGCCAUAGCAACCAUGAGGCGAGAAAAAGAAAGAGUGCGAAAAGGAGAAGGAGAGGCAGAGGGACAGGGGAAGUGAAGUACAGUGAGGAGGUUUUUUUUUGCCUGUAUAUUGAUUUAAACUGAUUUUCUGUACAAACUAUUUUUCUACAUGUAGUAUAAAAGGCUGUAUUUUAUCUUUAUCGAUCAGGGAUUACAUUUCAGAAUAAAUUACAACAGUAUUGUUUAUCUAAUGCUACUAAAGUGGUUUUUCUGCCAUGCAAAAGCAUGAUGUGCAGCCAGAAAACUAAUAGGUUUUUUUUUUGUUUUAAGUAUUUUUGGGAGGAUUUUUACCUUUGUGUUAGACAAAGAACUGUAGAGAGCUGACAGGAAAAUGAAGGGAAAGGGAUGGCGGGGAGGAAAGCAAAAAAGACAAUGCAAACUGAGGACAUUGCAGUUAUAUGGUCAUCUUAAACCCCUAGGCUGUACGGAUGAUGCCCCAUCAGAAUAAAUGAACAACUACAGUUGUGAUGUCUGAUGUUAAGUUAAUAAAUAAAAACUAAUAAAAAAUAAAAAAAAACAGAUAAACUGAAAGCAAACACUGUGAGGUGAAGGUGAACUGCUGCUCCAACAUGUUUUUGUUUAUUUUACAAAGCAUCUGGAUAAACUGCCAUUUAAAUAUAUCUAUAUAGAUAUAGAUAUAGAUAUAGAUAUAGAUAUAUAGAGGUCCCAAACUUUCAUAGCUUAUAUAUUGUAGGUCUGCAAAACAAAACAUCCCAUUGGACAACUAAAUUUUGCAGUUAAAAGAUGAACCUCAAAUUCAGGUCACUCCUGUUUGCACUAGUUGUCUAAUUAUACAAUACUUUGUAAUUAUAUAAAGUAUAUGUAUAUAUACAAUAUAUGUAUAAAGAAAAGGUCAGCAAGUAUGUGGUUAAAUGGUAGAUUUGAAAAAGCAGGGAUGAUGAAUGGAAUGCAUCACAAAAGAAUGUCUCAAAAGUUUUUUGUAUUAUAUGAAUAAAAUAAUGUUUCCAAAACGGUGCCUGUUCUUGAAAUCACAUAUUAUACUAUUUUAUUUUUGUGCUUUGGAGGAAGUUAAGAUUUUUUUUUCUGUAGGUACAGCCCAGAUGAACAAA